GGCAGUUGAAUGCCCGGGUGUUUAUAUUACGGAAUUCAUAAAAGCACCCAACGGUUCUUUUUCCUGCAAAGGAAAUUAAAAGUUUGUGAGACAUCUAACAAAUAAACUAACAAGAAUUUGAUUACACCAGCGUUAAGCCUCUAGUCCAUUAGUGGUCCAUUGAAAUAUUUCAUAUUUGUACAUUUGUGUACAAGAUGGAUCAGUGGAAUGCCCCACAGUGGACAGAUUUUACAUCAAGUCCACAACCCUUAUGCGAAGAUUAUUUUGACUAUGAACAUAAAGAACUUGAGCCACAUUUAAAUGACUGUGAUGAAGUUGAAGCAAGUUCAUCAAGUGUAACUGGUUUGGAUAAGUCACGUACUGGAAGUGUUCCUGUUGCAUCACCCACAGCAUCUCCUAGCAAGAUUGUUACAAGUAAGGUACCAUCUAAGAAGGAGGAUACGGAAGAUGACGUAAAUAUAAAUUUGAAGACACCUGUGACUGUAAUGCCAUUGAUGAAAAAGCAUCGUAAUUCUACAGUAGCAAAUAAAUCCACAUAUGAAGAUAUUUUGGCAGAUGCUAUGAGCAAGUUAAAAUUAUUAUCAUCUAAAAGAAAAAGCAGACGAUCACACAAUGUGAGCAUCUAUAAGCCAUCAAGUAGUAUUAAAUUACAGCCUAGAAAAUCUGUUGGGAUAACACCUUCAGAAAGCUACUCCUGCAAGAAGAACAUUAUAAAAGAAUUGCAAAUGAUUCAUCCUGCAGAAACUGAAACUGUGCGUGACGCUGUAGAUGAAUCUAGAAAACAAGAUAAAACAGAAGUUGAAGAUAAAACAGAAGUUGAAAAAAUAACAAAGCCAGUAAAAUCAACAAUUACCUCCAGCUUCAAUAGAGGAUCAGUUGCUAAUCUUCGAAAAUCGGUAGCGAAUCCAACACUUUUGACUUGUAAAUAUCGAAGAUAUAGUCUUUCAAAAAAUCGAACAAGGACCAAUCAGUAUAUUAGCCUUGCCGAAGCAGUUAGCAAAUUCCAAAAUCAAACUCCAAAGCGUUUCAGGACAGGUAUUACAAAGAAUAAGGAGCCAGGUCCUCUGGCCAAAACUAAACAAUGUCUUAAGCCUACACAGCCCAUCUCGCCUGUACUCUUAUCAAAGACUCGAGUACGUACAACUGUAUUUGCUACAAGUAACCGAGACAUUAAUGGUAAAGCGAUUCCAUCAAAUGAAGCAAAUCAGAAGAACAAGUGUAAAGCAACGCCAGUGGACCUUCGUACAUCAAAACCAUCAGUCUUGCAAACUUCAAAUACAUCACAACUGACAGUCAAGAAACGUUUCAAUAAGAUAACAAUGCCAAUUUUAGAAUCCAAUCAGUCACAAACUUGUGGUUACAGUUUCAAAAAUGUUGAGAUAUCCAAUUUCGGGGUCAGACCAAUAAAUACGCACAAGAAGUCGACAUCAGCGGUUCCCUUCAGUUUUGAAGCGCGGGAGAAAGAACUUCGAAAGAAAAGGGCGGAAAAGCUUGAAAAGUUACAGGCUGAAAAAGAAAACAGAAAAACAGCGCCUAUUGUUCAUAGAGGUGCAGCCGACACUAAAUUGUUGCCUAAGAAUUUACAUGUUGCGCCGCCUAUAUUGAAGACAGACAGAAGAGCCAAGGAGAGGCGCGAAUUUGAUCAAAAAUUAAAGCAAAAGGAAUGUCAAGAGGAUGAAACGCGUCGACGGCUAAAAGAGGAGCGAUUGGCCAGGGAAAAGGCGGAAAAAGCUCUACUUCGAAAAAUGGCUGAGCCAAAGGCAAGGCCUAUGCCAGUUUACAAACCAGUGGCUAUUUUGAAGUCAAAUAAACCAUUGACUGCACCGCAAAGCCCGGCUUGGGCUGCAAAGGCAAAACACUGAUAUAUAGCUUGGACUACAAAGAUAAUAUACUAUGGCUUGCAAUACCUUUUAAUUAAUGACAAUUCUUUGGUUUUAAUUUUAUUUACUCUACUAUGCGGUUUUUUUGUAUGCCUUACUUUCAUUUAUAUCUACUCAAAUGUGAAAUAAUAAAAUAAAUGUUUAUCAUCCCUAAAGUAA